GGCGAGAUCCUGCGCGGGAAUCAGCUCCAUCACCUCGACAUCAUGAAAGUGCAGGUGCUGAUCAUCUUCACAUCAGUCCUGGUGGCUCAUCACGCAUCCUCACGUGUCAGCAUUCCAGAAUUUGCCGGACUCGGAGACCCGGAUCAGAGAGAGAUGGACGAGCGCAGCACCUCGGAAGAUGACCGGAUUUGUUUCUUGUUAAAGGAGAAGGAUUCAGAGAGCCACAUUUCCUGUAAGCAUCGUUUAACACGCAGCAAGUUUAACUACAACCCCUUCGGCCUGCGCUUCGGGAAGAGGGACGGACGCUUAAAAACGGACAGAACGGGAACGAGGAAGAUCCUCCCGCUCCUGCUGUUUGUGAGAGAACUGGAAGAAGCAUCAUGAACACACACACGCAAAAAAGUGCAAUUCCUAUGAGCUGGAUUAUCUGGAGCUCUGAUGGUGAUGGACAUUUUGACCCGUUUUAAUUAAACAGAGGUUUGUUCUGUACGCUGAUCAUCACGUGUGUUCAAUAAACCUUUUCUUUUCUAUUCAAAUAUUCCUUUUC